UCUCAUUAUCUCUGCCUAAGCUAAUCCACCAGGAACAGCACCUCCAAGUCAUCCAUACCCUUUUAUACAUGUUGUACUCCACACAUCAUACACACAGACUUACUCAUUAUAUAUAUAUAUAUAUAUUCACGGUUAUAUAAUACCAUACACUAAACAAAAAGAUGUCGGACGUGCAUGAUACGAUGUUGCUGGGCUCAGAGGGAAUCAAGAAAACCAUCCUGUAUGGAGGGACCGGAGACAUCCCAAAACUCACUACUGGGGCAAAGGUGACAUUCCACUUCCGCACCCAGCUGUGUGACGAUGAUCGUACAGUGAUAGAUGACAGCAAAGUGGUGGGGACUCCCAUGGAGAUAGUGAUCGGCAACAUGUUUAAACUGGACAUCUGGGAGACCCUGUUGGCGUCCAUGAGGAUUGGUGAGGUCGCUGAAUUCUGGUGUGACAUUAUUCACACUGGGAUUUAUCCACUUGUGUCCAAGAGUAUGAGGCGCAUAGCAGAGGGAAAAGACCCAGUUGACUGGCACAUCCAUACAUGUGGUAUGGCCAACAUGUUCGCGUACCACAGCCUUGGCUAUGACGACCUGGAUGAGCUGAUGAAGGAACCAAAACCCCUCUACUUUAUCCUGGAACUGAUCAGGGUCCACCACCCCAGUGAGUACAACAGGGAGACGUGGGCUAUGAGUGAUCAAGAGAGGCUGAAGGCCGUUCCUGUGCUGCAUGGUCAGGGGAACAAGUUGUACAAACAAGGACAGUACCAAGAGGCCACACAGAAAUACAAGGAAGCCAUCAUCUGCUUAAAGAAUGUUCAAACAAAGGAGAAAGCAUGGGAGGUCCCGUGGCUGAAGCUGGAGAAGAUGGCCAACACCUUAACAUUCAAUUACUGCCAGUGUCUGCUGCGCAUGGAAGAAUACUACGAGGUCAUUGAGCACACCAGCGACAUUAUCAACCAGCACCCAGGUGCAGUGAAGGCCUUUUACCUUCGAGGCAAGGCCCACAUGGAAGUGUGGAAUGAGGCAGAAGCCCGGCAAGACUUCAGCAGGGUGCUGGACCUGGACCCCGGCAUGAAGAAGGCCGUCAAGAAGGAGCUGGGGGUGCUCAACAUGCGCAUGGAAGAGAAAAACCAGGAGGACAAGAACAAGUACAAGGGCAUGUUCUGAGCGGGAGAGACUGCAGCAGACGUUGGAGAACAAGAGAAGUGAUGGGCUAAAGAAGAAGAGUAAAGCUUUGAAAUCACUGAUCUCCAUGUUUCAUUUUACCUUCAACCAACAAACCCAACUCCCUGAAUUGACUGUCACUCCCUUAUGAAAUCAUAAACCUUUCAACCUGUCUUUCUCUUUCCUCCAAACCAUGACUGAAACAAUCUAUAUAAGUUAAAUAAAGGACUGUUCACCC